UCAGUGUUUUGCAAAGCAAAAUGGCGGCGCGUGGCUGCGGUGUUGUUUGGCGCCGGGCGUUGCAGCGCGGCCCCGGGGGAUGUUGCUCCGCUUGCCGCCCUUGUCGGGCCGUCGCUUGCAGCGCCAGAGGUGGGGCGGAGCCGGCGGGGCGGAGCGGCCUUGCUCCAUGGGUACCAGUUGUGGGUCUGGAAAUUCAUGCACAGAUCACUUCCAACUCAAAGCUUUUCUCUGGCUCCCAAGUCCAGUUUGCAGCACCUCCAAACUCUUUGGUAUCGUUCUUCGAUGCUUCUUUACCUGGAACUUUGCCAGUUCUCAACAGGAGAUGUGUAGAAGCAGCCGUGAUGACAGGCCUGGCACUCAACUGCACUAUAAACAAGAAAUCCUUGUUUGACAGAAAACACUAUUUCUAUGCAGAUCUGCCUGCUGGCUAUCAAAUCACUCAGCAAAGAGUUCCUAUUGCGGUGAAUGGGAGUCUGUCAUACAGUCUCUGCAUAGAUAACAAAAUGAGCCAGAUGGUGACCAAAACUGUGAGAAUUAAACAAAUUCAGUUGGAGCAAGACAGUGGAAAGAGUCUCCAUGAUGAUGCAAGGAGCCAGACCCUCGUUGAUUUGAAUAGGGCUGGAGUCGGCCUCAUGGAGGUUGUCAUGGAGCCUGAUAUGUGCUGUGGGGAAGAAGCAGCUGCAGCAGUCAGAGAGCUUCAGCUUAUUCUUCAGACACUUGGGAGCAGCCAGGCAAUCAUGGCAGAGGGACAGCUGAGAGUGGAUGCCAAUGUUUCUGUGCAUCGCCCUGGGGAGCCUUAUGGAGUAAGAACCGAAGUGAAGAAUAUCAAUAGCUUAAGGUUCCUGACAAAAGCAAUAGACUAUGAAAUAGAGAGGCAAAUUAAAGAACUUGAAAAUGGAGGAACAGUUCUGAAUGAAACAAGAGCCUUUGAUUCUAAGCUUGGGUGCACUGUACCAAUGAGAGACAAAGAGGGAAAGCAAGAUUAUCGGUUUAUGCCAGAACCAAAUCUUCCCCCAUUGAUUCUAUAUGAUGCUAAAUCUUUGCCAGCUAAUGUGAACAAUCAGCAAGUGGUAAAUAUCGAUUGGAUUCAUGAGAGACUUCCUGACCUUCCCAGUGUGAAGAGAGCAAAGCUUGUUGAACUGUAUGGGAUUCUUCCUGAACACAGCUUCACCUUAGUGAAUGAAGAUGGAUUAAUGGAAUUCUUUGAAAGUGUGGUAAAACAGACCCGAAUGAAGCCAAAGAAAGUGAUCGGCUGGAUUCUGAGUGACCUACUCAGUCACUUAAAACAACAUUCCCUUACAGCAAAGGAAAGCCCCAUCAGUUCUUUUCUCCUAGCCGACCUUCUGAACCUUCUAGAAAACAGAGACAUUUCUUCUUCAGCAGCCAAGCAGGUGUUUGAGGAAUUGUGGAAGGGAGAAGGGAAGACUCCUCUUGAAAUCAUUAAAGAAAAGCAGCUUGAACUGAUACGGGAUCAGGAAGAGCUUGAACAGAUCUGCCAGGCGGUGAUUGAUGAACGAGAAGAGGAGGUUAUGGCGAUAAAACAAGGAAAUGAAAAAGUUAUCAAUAAGUUAAUUGGACUGGUUCGGAAAGCUACACGGGGCCGAGCCAACCUUCUUCUGGUGAGGCAAAUACUAGAGAAGAAGCUGUCAGAGUAGCCACAGGAGAAAAUGGCCCAGCUGUCUGCAGAAGACGUGCUUCGUUCUGUCUGGUUUGCUGCUAAUGAACUUUGGUGCCUCCUUGUCUGUCAGGAUUGUUUUUCCCAGAUUGGUUAUGCUUCAAGGAGCAUCGUGUGCCUGCCUUUCCCAGCUGCCUCGGCCAAAGGUGGAUGAGCAAAGGACCACCUCAACAGAAGCUGGCAGUCAUUUACAUCUCCGUCCCUUCAGUGCAGCAUUCUGAAGUGUCAUUUCCAUAAAGCCAUAGGAAACAAAUUCCCAAGAUCUGUGAGUAUAAAGAGCUAAGUUGCAUCGGUUAGUUUUGUAAUAAAGCAAGUGUGAAUUCAGCUCUUACAGCUUCCUCUUUGUCAGAAGGGAAAUUCUCAGAUCUGGAAUGCAGCAAUCUAGUGGCACAUACCAAUAACUCAUUGUAAAUUAGAGUGAGUACAUUUGUGGCUAAGAGCAAAACACCCAGCAGUAAUUAAGAACGGCCACAUGUGCUUUCAUGCCUAGCAGAAGGGGAAAAAAAAAUGCUAGUCCUCACUCUUAAUGUCUGAGGUAGAGGAAAGGACAAAGGCACUUAGAUGUACAUGCCAGCAGCAGACAUUGAGUGGCUACGUAUAAGAAUUAGUGUCAGAUUCUUUGCUUGCUUUCCCUUUGUAUGUGUCCAAACACCUGCUUUGGCUACUCAGUGCCGUUUCAAUCCUGAACCAUUCAUAACUUAUGCUUACCUGAGCCUAGGGCUUUCUGCUGUCACUUGGAACCAUAUCCGCUCAGUGGAAGUAAUUCAGAUAGCUUACUGAGAACUAAGCAGGAUUCAGCCUGGAUCCAGGGUCUGUUCCACUUGUUACUCCUCCUAAGGAGUGUUUUACGCUAUGUUCUGUUUUUUUUUAAUAUAACUUCCAUUUUGCAGCCCGUAGCUUUAGGUGCUGUCUGAAAUCAAGGCUCCUGGAGUUAAGUUCCCAGUCCCACUUCACCAGCAUGUUUAAAUCCUUCAGCUGAUCAAACUAUUAACAGGAGGCCCAACUGGAGGCAUCCAUUCAAAUAUACAACUAGUAGGGAAAGAAAUCCCAUUUACCAGCAGGAGUUUCUUAAAUCCCUUUUGCAGGCUGCUAAAUGGUACGUUUUAAAGACCACAUUUAUCUCAAGCUUCAAUGUUGCUUCCUCAGGAUGGUUCUUGAGGAUGUGCCUGCUGCCAAAGGAGUGCAGCAGGGUGAGCGCUGGGAUUUUUGUCCUCUACAGAAGUAACAUUUGUUGCACCUAGUUCAAGCUGGGUUCACGGCAGCUAAUUUUUACAAGUGCUAACGUGUGUUUCAAGGAGGAUGUUUCUGUACAAACUGGCUUGUAGUUCAACAUGAAAUACUAGAUUGGAAGACAGGCAAAAAGGUACUUUUCAAAUACAUGUAAUGGAUAAAUGUAUAUCCAUAAUUCAAUAAAAAUAACUCUACAGUUUAAGCAA